AUGCUCUGACAGGAGAGGCUGGAAUGACAACAGUGGUGGAGUGAGCUCUGAGAUGGGAAGCGUUACAUCACCAGCACUGUCGAACUCACAAAGUCUGUUCGGCGACCAAGCGCUUGAGUCGGCAAUGACGGGAACCCGCAAGAACUCAUCAGAUGAUAAAAACUCGGAUCCGUCUGGUUUGAACUGGGCCUCUUUCUAAGUUCUCUCCUGGCGCAAUCAGAAGAACAGAGGUGAAGAGGCCACGAAAGGAGGAAAUUCUUUGCUUUCGUACAACAGCUACAGCGUCUGUUUACCAGGAUGGACAGCCAGGAGGUGGGAGGUUUACUGGACGAGUGCUUCAGAGCUGCUCAGCAGUCCACCCGGCCGACUGAGGCACAGAGGCUAAACUACUGCAGCUGCAGAGACUCGCUGUGUGCUGAAUUAGCCUCCCUGCUUCAGGAAGCCGUGGACAUGAAAUGGCCUUUUGUCCCUGAGAAGUGGCAGUAUAAGCAGUCUGUCAGUGCCACUGACAAAACCAACCUGAGUGACCUUAUCAGCAAACACCUGUCUCAACUACUGGCUGUCCUGAAGGCCUCCAUCGGGGCUCAGGAGGCACGCACUGCACUGGCAGUUGUCUUUUUAGUGGACCGUUACCUCUACUGGACUGAUGAGUCAAACCGCCUUCUAAAGAUUGCCAAGCUUCUCCACAGACGCUACCCUGACACCCCCAUAGCCCCCCAGCUGGUCAUACGGCAGGCCAGGGUCUAUUUUAACUCUGGAAAACUGCAGAAGGCAGAGUACAUCCUGAGCAGCCUGAUUAACAACAGUGGAACCACAGGUUGUUGGAUAUACCACUCUAAAAGCGACCGUGCUCUUGUCCAGGCUGUUAGUGUUCAGGUUCGUGGAAUGAUUUUGCAAAAGCUGGGCCUGUGGUUGGAGGCUGCAGAGCUCAUCUGGGCUUCUUUGGUUGGAUACUAUUCACUUCCUCAACCUGACAAAAAGGGUAUUGGAACCUCUCUUGGCAUACUGGCAAAUAUAUUGGUUUCUAUGAAUAAUGAGGACUUCCAUGCUUUUAGGACUAAUCCAGAUAUUGAUUUUAGUUUGCUUGGGGAUGGGAAUCAUCGUCUUCUCUCAGCAGCCCAAGCAGCUAAGAUGGCGGUGGUAUACAGUCAGUAUACUUCACUGUAUGUUUUGACCAAUGUGACAACACAAGGUGCCUGCUUGUUAUCCUACAGUUUCUCAAUGGAGUGUCCAGCCUCUCAAAGGCAGUCAUUCCUCCAGCAGGCUCAAGAAGCAUUUGCAAUCGGCCUUCUCACCAAAGCAGAGGGUGAUAUGGUAACCAGCAAGCAGGAGCUUCAUACCUUCCUCAAAGCUGCCUAUUCCCUCGCUGUCACUCACAAGUGGCUUGGAACUCCUUUGGGGGUUGUGGCACAGGCAGUUCAAGCUUGUCAAAAUGGUUUAGCUAAUUUUUACAGCUACUGCCAUGCCAAUACCCAAGAGAAAGACAGCCUCUGCACUGAGAUCAUGCAUUUGGUCGCCCAAGUCAAGCUGCUGCUGCGAGUGGAGCCUUUCCUGAAUUCAGACAAGGGGUCUUUUAUCCCUGAUAGCUACAGAAAUGUCAAAGAUGCUUCUGUAAAUUUUACUCUGGCAGGCUUCUCUAAGAUAAUGAAGAAAUUUCAAAAGUAUCAUGCAUCACUGUGCGAGACCACCAACACACACUGUAGGGAAACUAACGAUAAGAUAGAUGGAGUAAGGCUCUGCAUAACAGCGCUGGGAACAACCAUUGGUACACUCAACACAGAUUGUACCACUGACGCCUGCAAAGGGUUAAAAGAUGUACCCAAAGAAGAAGAGCCCAGAAGCAGUGCUACUGGACAUAAAGAGAGAGCGAGCAAUCAGAACUGUCCAACCACAGAAGUUGAUGAUGACAGGUCAGACCACAAGUUAGAAUCUCCUGAGAAAAACAAGAAGCAAAACUUACAAGGUUGUAACUUUGGUAUCAGUUCCCAUACAGAUUCAGAGUCUGCAGUACCUCUCUCUCCCUCCUCCAACAUAAGUAGUGAUUCAGAAAAGUUUGAGGUGAUGCAAGCUGGAAUAGAGACACUGGCCACUGAAGAGGACUGGAUGGCUGAUGUUCUUGGUGAGGCACAGAAGGUAGCAUUAGCUGAAGGAGCAGUGCAGUCCUUAUCCGAGCUAUUUAUAACAUCCUCUAACUCUCUUGGGAACAGUUUUGGUUCCCAGUCAUCAUGGGAGAAACUUUCAGCUGAUCUGAAUUCUUCUACAUAUAGAAAACAACAGCCAAGUAGUAUUUCCAAAGCAGGAACUUGCCAAAACAGCAAGUCACCAGAUUCAGAUGGGAGCUUUUUCAUUUUGGAAACACUCGAUUCUGAAACCAGCGAUUCUCCUUCUGGUCACAUGUCCAAAAACCAAAAUGUACGUGCUUUGUCCAGUCCACAACCUUUCAAGAGCAUUAAUGUUUACCAAAACAUGGUAACUGAAGUUGACUCUGUACAACCUGCAACCGACAACACUUUUGCAAUCCCAAAUAAUCCAUCACAGGCUAUCCCAGAACAGUGUCCUGUCACUGAAACUUCCACAACGAGUUCAUUUGAGAUGCUGGAGGUGAAUCAAUGUGAGCACCAACAAAAUACAGUGCAGAAUGUGCCUCAGAAGAAGAACUCCAUGUGCUACAGCUGCCAAGACCAGAACGCUGUAGCUGAUGCAGUCCCAGUGAAGCAGUUUUUGUUGUCACAGCAGGAUUACCAAGCCUUUCUGGCUGGAGUUUGCCAUGGAUGUCUGCUGAAGAGGUUGUACAGUGAUAAAAUCAAAUUCAAACUCAAGAACCUCAGAAGUGCCCACAGUGCUCUUCAUUUAAAGUUCUCCAAGGCCACUGGACUGUGGACAGCCACGGAAACAUGCGUUUACAUUGGAGAGCCGAUGGGGAUGGAGGGCGCGCAGAGGACAACAAUAUGGGUGCAAUUUUUACACCAGGAGGAGCGGCUAAGCCAUUAUGUGGGGAAAGAUUACAAGAACCCAAAGGAGAUCCAGUUUCACCUGAAAGAUGUGGAGAGACAGAUGACAGCCCAGUACUAUGUAACUGAGUUCAACAAGAGUCUCUACGAAAAAGAUGUUUUGGCUCAGAUCUUCUUUAUUCCCUCACAAGCCCUGUUGAUUUUGAAUGGAGAUGAGAUUGUGGGCUGUGUAACUGUAGAGCCCUACAUGCUUGGAGAGUUUGUCAAAUUGACCAACAACACUAGAAAGAAAGAUGAGAGAUUCCAGGCUACAGAAUAUGGCCUUGCAUUUGGACACUUCACCUACUUGUUCUCUGGUGGUCAGGAAGUCGUCGUAGACUUACAAGGAUGGGUGACAGCCAACGGCAAAGGACUGACCUACCUGACUGAUCCACAGAUUCACUCCAUCAAGACCCCUAAAGGUCCCUCUAACUUUGCUGACAGGGGGCUCAGGUACUUUGUGGAAGAGCAACAUGGACCAGAGUGCAAUGGGAUUUGUCAACUGCUCAGACUGCCUCCACUGGCCAUGAACUCAAAAGCUUCUCCUCAAACUUUACUGUCAGUCACAAAAACAAAAACGAUGCAUUAAAACUUAAUUAAGGAGUUUAUAUUAUGAGCAAUAUGGCCUUGCAAGUUUUUGGAACUGACGGGUCUGAUGUAGAUUAAAUGACAACAGAUAAUCAAAGUACUGUAUUUUUCAUACUGUUUUUUUUUUUUUUUCUUUUUAAUUGUACUGAUUAAAGUUCUGUGUACCUACCAUCCUAAUGUUCAGACACCAGCGGCUUGUAGACAUGUUUUAUGUAAACACUACUGUGCAAAUGUAGUUUUAAUAUUCUUGGAAAUAAGAUGGUAACUGUGAAUAGUUUUUCUUCAUGUUCAGCUGCUUUCAGCACUGCUGGUAUUUGUUAAGUCUCUUUCGCUCCAGUUGAUCUUUCAGAGUUAACCUCAAUAGUUACUUCCUCCAAACCAGCAAUAUGUUUGUU